AACCCUUCAGAGCAAACUCCAUGUCAAAGCACCCUAGUACAUGCAUUGCAUGCAUGCAUGCAGUUGCACGUACACUACUAACUAGGUAGCGCCAGCCACUAGUAGCGAUCAACAGCAGCACCAGUUGAUCUCUCAUUUGUGCACUGUGUCGAUCAACUAAGCUGCGUUUCUUGAUCAUUUGGAGAAGAUGAAGAAGGCGUCCAAGUACUUGAAGCAGCUCUUCUCCGCCAUUGUCGCGGCGGUGAAGGCGAGGUCCACGGCGAUGGGCACCAAGGCCAACUCCCUGAGGACGCGCCUCAUCGUCCUCGGCAUCAUGCGCAACAAGAAGCUCCUGGUCAGCGCCAUCCAGAGCAAGAUCCACGCCAUCAUGAGCGGCGGCGGCCAGGGCGGCUACGCCAAUGCGGUGGCCAGCCACUACGGCGGCGGGGAUGAAGGCGCGAGCCGUGGUGCAGGCAAGCAUGCCGAACUUCUCGCCGGCGGAGGCAGAAAGGCCGCGGUGCUGCAGAGCCUGCCGAGCUUCGUCGUGGAGCAGGAGACCAGGGCCAUCGUGCUGCUCAGCAGCCUGCCGAGCUUCGCCUUGGAGCGGGACGGCGGCGCCGGCCUCGCGAGCUCACCGCUGGCCGGCGAGGAGGAGGUCCACGACCACUACGGCGUGGACGGCGAGAAGCAGCUCAUUGCGAACGCGGGGUCGGCGAUCGAGCUGGCGCGCGGCGCGGCGGAGGGUUGCGGCGCGGAGUUCAGGCUGGAGGAUGAGAUCGACCGCGUCGCCGACGUGUUCAUCCGGAGGUUCCACGACCAGAUGAAGCUGCAGAAGCUCGAGUCCUUCAAGAGGUUCUGCGAGAUGCUCGAGAGGGGCGCCUGAAUAUCAUUCAGUGGAUCAAUUAUUAACUGGUCUUGCGCCGCAUGGUAAUGGUUGAUCUAAUUAAAUAAUUAAGGAAGAGUCUGGGGGAUGUAGUUACUUAGAAUAAAUGACAAGAAAUUGAGUUUGUUUCUUGGAGUGAAGUCGGAGGUAUUUGAGUUGGAAUGUACUCAUGCUCCUUUUUAAGGGAGAAUUGAUGUACUCGAUCAAGUUGUAUAACGGCCAUAAAAAUGCGGGUUCCUAUGUCCCGUUCAGAACGCAUGUUGUUUUUUCCCCAA